GGACCCAGCGAUCACCCAGAGGGGGGAAAAAAGGAAAAGUUACUCCAGAGAAGGGAAAAGUCGCACUGGUGGUCGGAGGGAGAAGAGAGGGACACUCUGGUUUUACUACUUGCCGUAUCGUCGGGACUGUGUGAGGCGGUAAAGUGCACCUGAGAACCCGCUGGUUGACUUUUUCUGGAGCCUCUAACUUGGAUUGUACUCGGCGGCGGCGGCGGCGGAGUUGCUGUUGAGAUUUUGGACUUGAAUACGCGCAGAGGACGAGAGCAGCGCUCCGGUUCGGGCUUUACGACAUCGCUGCUACGGGACUUAACUCGUCUUUAAUAUCAUUUCAGCUCCGUGUGGGACUUUUACGACACCGAGUGUUGAACUGGAGCGUAGUUUCAGAGCUUCCCGGUGGCAGGUUUUUUUUAAACGUGUUUCCAAACAUGUCACCAGAACCUGUAGCCCAGUAGAAUGAAGGCAAACUGACCCACUUUUAUUUCUUUUUAAAAAGAAAUAUAAUUGUAACUUCAGCGAUAUUACAUUCAGCUAAAACCCAACUGAGAUUUUCUUUCAGAGGAGAAAGUUGGGACUUAAAAAGGACCGGGAUGGAAAACACGUUGACUUUCACUGCACCAUGGUGGUGAUAUUUAGCAGCCCUUUGGUGCCAGGGAGAUAGUUCAUGUGCUGUUAAAAGCCACACGUUUUUCCCCAAGCGACAUUAAUAUUCCGGCUUGUGUGGCGGCGGGAGGAGGAGGAGGAGGAGGGGGGCGACGAGGAGAAGGAGAGCUCCGCGGCCGCGCUGUGUUAAAAGCUGGAUACAAAAUGGCGGCGUCCCCGGGACGAUUUGGAUCUGUUUCUGUGGGUGUUUUUUGUUUAUUUCUCACGGUAGAACUGUUCGGCACUUACGGGCUCACCUCAGAGCUGCCGUGUGCCCACAACUGUACCUGCAGCGGGGAUUCGGUGGACUGUAGCAGCCUGGAGCUGACAGCGACGCCUCUGGACCUUCCUGCCCGGACUGUUUCCUUGAAUCUGGGCUACAACAAGCUGACCGCCAUCAGUGUUGAAGCCUUGGCCAACCUGCCCAACCUGAAAGAACUGCGACUGGACCACAAUGAGCUGACCUCCAUACCUGAUUUAGGACCGGCUGCUUCCAAGAUUGUGUCGCUCUACCUACAUCACAAUAAGAUCAGAAGUAUUGAUGGCAGGCGGACCAGAGAGCUGGUGUCUGUGGAGACACUGGAUCUCAGCAAUAAUGACAUCACUGAGCUGCGGGGCCACAGCUUUCCUCCCGCUGGACUCCAGAUCCGAGAUCUGUUCCUGAACAACAACAAGAUCAACGUACUGGAACUGGGAGCUCUGGACCACCUGGGCUCGACGCUUCAGGUCCUGAGACUGAGCCGAAACCGCAUCAGCCAGAUCCCCGUGAGAGCCUUCCAGCUCCCGAGACUCACCCAGCUUGAGCUCAACAGGAACAGGAUUCGCCAAGUGGAGGGUCUUACCUUCCAGGGUCUGUCCAGCCUGGAGGUGCUCAAGCUGCAGAGGAACAGCAUCAUCAAACUGACCGACGGGGCCUUCUGGGACCUGGCGAAGAUGAAAGUCCUUCACCUGGACUACAACAGUCUGACGGAGGUGAACAGCGGCUCGCUGUACGGCCUGUCCUCGCUGCAGCAGCUCUUCCUCAGUAACAACUCCAUCGCCCGCAUCAAUCCUGACGGAUGGAAGUUCUGUCAGAAGCUGAGGGAACUAAAUCUGUCGUACAACAACCUGACUCGUCUGGACGAAGCCAGCCUGGCCGUGCUGGGCGACCUCCACACCCUGCGCCUGGGCCACAACUCCAUCAGCCACGUCACAGAAGGAGCCUUCAGAGGCCUCAAGGCCGUGCGCGUCCUGGAGUUGGACCAUAACGACAUCUCGGGCACAAUAGAGGACACCAAUGGGGCCUUCUCCGGAUUGGACAGUCUCAACAUGCUGACUCUGUUUGGAAACAAGAUCAAGUCGGUGGCCAAGAAAGCCUUCUCCGGCCUGGAGACCCUGGAACACCUGAACUUGGGAGGGAACGCUAUCCGUUCCAUCCAACCCGACGCUUUCAGUAAGAUGAAGAACCUCAAAUCCAUUCUCAUUCAGAGCGACAGCUUCCUGUGCGACUGCCAGCUGCACUGGCUGCCCGAGUGGCUGCUGACGCGCGGCCUGCAGGCCGGCGUCGAGGCCGUGUGUGCACACCCAGAGAGCCUGAAGGGCACCAGCGUCCUCCAGGCCCCGUCCAGGAGCUUCGUGUGUGACGACCUCCCAAAGCCUCAGAUCACGGUGCAGCCCGAGACCACGAUGGCCGUCCUCGGCGGAGACGUGCGCCUCACCUGCACGGCGGCGAGCAGCUCGUCGUCCCCCAUGACCUUCGCGUGGCGCAAGGACCAGGAGCUGCUGCAGCACGCCGAGAUGGAGAACUUCGCCCACGUGCGCGCGUCCGUGGCGCCCGGCACGAGCGGCGGCGUGAUGGAGUACACGACCAUCCUCCACCUGAAGCGCGUCACGUUCGCCCACGAGGGACGCUACCAGUGCAUCAUCACCAACCACUUUGGCUCCACCUACUCCAGCAAGGCCCGCCUUAUCGUCAACGUCCUCCCGUCCUUUGUGAAGACCCCCAAGGACAGCACCAUCCGGACGGGCCACCCCGCCCGGCUGGAGUGCGCCGCCGAGGGACACCCGUCGCCGCAGAUCGCCUGGCAGAAGGACGGCGGCACCGACUUCCCGGCUGCCCGCGAGCGCCGCAUGCACGUCAUGCCCGAAGACGACGUGUUCUUCAUCAUGGACGUGAAGCCGGAGGACAUGGGCGUGUACAGCUGCACGGCCAGGAACACGGCGGGCACCAUCUCUGCCAACGCCACGCUCACCGUCCUGGAAACCCCCCACCUCGCUCAGGACCUGGAGGACCGCAGCGUGGUGGUCGGCGACACCGUGGCCCUGCAGUGCAAGGCCCUGGGGAGCCCGCCGCCGCGCAUCACCUGGCUACGCAACGACCAGCCACUGCGCCCGUCCGAGCGGCACCACUUCACCCCGGGGAACCAGCUGCUGGUCAUAGGCUCCGCCUCCCUGGAGGACGCCGGCCGCUACACCUGCCUCAUGUCCAACACGCUGGGCACGGAGCGCGCGCACAGCCAGCUGGUGGUGACGCAGCGCAGGAGCCCGUGCGCCGCGGCGUCGGGCCCCAGCACCGUCACCAUCGGGAUCAUCGUCAUCGCCGUGGUGACCAGCAUCGUGGUGACGUCACUGGUGUGGGUGUGCAUCAUCUACCAGACCAGGAAGAAGAGCGAGGAGUGCAGCGUCACCAACACGGACGAGACGAUCGUCCCCCCCGACGUGCCCAGUUACCUCUCGUCCCAGGGAACUCUGUCUGAGCGUCAGGACGUGUGCAUCCGCGUGGAGGCCGGCGCUGGACCUCAGCCCAACGGACACGUCGUGGACACAGCAGGUUACGACGGUGCAGUCGUUUGCACAGAUUGUUUGGAAAACGGUAACAACUACACCAAAGACUCAGACUACCUGACUCACAGCUACGGCCCUGCCGGAGGCUCCGAGUACCAGCAGUACUCUCUGCCGCCGCCGUACUCCAACUACUACCAAGCGGAGCACCGUGACGCGGGCUCGCCCGCCGCGCCGCUCUGCAACGGGACACCCAACGGCAUCCGGAAGGACGUCCAGGGAUCCACGUUCCCCAAAAGCCACAACACGUUACAAGGAAACCACCACGACAGAAACGUCAGGACAGCGGGACAGACGCCGACGUGUCCACCACUGGAGGAAGACUCCUUCCACAAGCCGGUGAAGCUGCCCACGGCGACGAACCACGUUCACCCCGACACAGACUGUGAGCACGAGCUCAGGCAGACCCUACUGUCCAACGGACACGCCCACAGAGCCUCCGACAGCGAGAGCGCCCCCCUCAGGAGAGCCAGCGACUAGCAGAAACAUGGACUCGAGGAUUUGGACAUUUUUGGGGAAAACAUAUUUUUUUUGCACUGGGAAAUAAAACUGCUACCUCAAAUCGAGGCGAUCGUCGAUCCUGAGCCUCCUGGAUCUGGACUGACCGCGAGCGCCAGGAGGAGGAAUCUGCGGGGGAGGGGCUUCCGGAGUUUGAAGGCGGAGCUUGUGUGGGUGGCGUCCCAUCUGAGCGUAUCAGCUGUACAUAGUUAUAAACCUUCCCCUGGGAGGUGACCAAUAAAAACUCUAGCUCUAAAGAAAAGAAAUGUGACUUGCAUUUGAAGCAUGUAAAUGUAGGGAAUUUUUUACAGUGUAUGUAAAUGCAGGGGGCGGAAAAAAGAGACAUAAUACCUUUGGACAUUUGACUGUACAUAAGAGUUUUCUUAUAUAUAUAUUAUAUAUUAUAUAGCUUUUACAAAAAAAAGAGUAUUUGAAUUUAUGUGCAUGACAAAGAAAAAAGGAGUGAUGGUAUUUUUAUUUUUAUUUUUAUUCAAAAACUAAAAACAACAACUACAAAAACAGCCUUUUCAGCUUUUACCAACAUUCAGCUGCGGUGCCUUAUUUGCAUGAUCAAAGAACGCAUUUUAUCGAGAGAGACGUUUGGCGACGGAUCAUUUUUAUCGCAACUAAACAACAGCAAAAAAAAAACACUUGAUUGCACUUGAAUGUUUUUUUUCUUCUUUCUUUCCUGUAAAAAUGCUGCCAAACACGCGGUUCACUCUCGUUAUCGUAUGAAGGAAGAGAGUUUGAUGUCCAGUGGUCACAUGGUUCACGGUACGAUGUUUGAAGCACUUUUUUUAUACUCACUUCACAAAGAAGCAGAUUUUGUACGAAGAAAUCUGCCCACAGGACUUUUUUAAACGUAUUUUUGACGCGGUUACGUCGUAAAGUCGGUACGUUCUGGAACAUUUUAGGCUCAAAACCACACGUUACUGCAACGCUGCUCUGAGCUCGUUUUAGACUUAAGAAUCGUCUUCUUUACUCAAGUCAGGUUUUGUUCUUUCUUGCCGUCAAAGUGACUUUGGCACAAGUUUUCAUCCAAACGUGAGCUGGCGGCUGAGAUCUGGAGCCGGAGCUGGAACUUGUGAAGCUGUAAAAGCCAAUAAAUGACAAACCAGUCAGUUCAGAAGCAGCAAAGUGCAAUUGGCCAAAAUUCUUCUGGUUUGAAUUUUUAUACAAAAAAAAUAGGACAAAAAAACGGAGAGGGAGGAUCAGGGAGGAUCAGGGAGGAUCAGGGAGGAAGAGGGAGGAGGAUGAUGAACUGUGUCGUUAUGUUACUGCUGUAAAGUUCCUCUGUCGUUCCACCUCAGUCACACCACAAACACCUUCUCAAUAUCACGUUGUGAAAAAUGAGCUCCAACCAAAACGUGAGAGGAAUAAUGCAGAUUAGAGAUUGUCCCCCGUGUGGAGGACACGUGUCCUCUGGUUCCACCAAUCCCAGUUUCAGCAGGUUCAAAGGAAAAGAUAAAAAAAAAAGGGACAAGACGGAAGCGAGGAGCGAGUUGAUGUUCAGAGUAAUUUAUUAUUGAAACAAACUUGUGUCUGAAACCGUUUUUUAGUGCCAGUGUCAAAGCUACAGACGCUGAAGUCUAACAUGGCAUUGAAGUGUCUAAUAAAAAUCACAUUUUGCUAUUAA